AUGGAACUCGCGCAGCGCCUUGAGCCAUCCACUGGCAAGCACACCAAGCUUGUUGAACUUCUCUCUCAUCUCCAGAAACAAAUUGCCACCGAUCCAUCCACAGACGAGCCAUUAAAAGUCCAAGGGGAUACCCUCUGGACAGACAUGCCGUCUCUUGGCUAUACGGAGCUCGAGACCUGGUACGAGUUUGGUGGCGACUACAAAGACCCAUGUGAUGCAACCCUAGAUCCUGAGCAGCGAAGCCGCUGGGUGAAUCUGAACGCCUUCAUCGCGCAGCUGACUCAAGCUGCUGAGAUUGAUUAUCCGUCCCUGGGGGAAAAAAGCACAUUUUCUCCCCUGGACAAGUCACUACGCGCUAUCUGGACCAUGGUGAUGGCGUUUGAGAAUGAGCAAUCACCUGCAUCACUAGGAAAUACAGCCGCAAUGGAGGCCGCCUGCCAGUGGUUUAUCUAUGCCGCAGAACGUUUAUGGGAGAAUGUGCUGCAUAAUCGUACAUAUCCUGAAGCAGGAGGUGCUGGGCCCGGGAAAAGAUGUAAAGGAGAGGCCUGGGCGGGCUUUACACGGGGGCGAUGGGGCGUCUGGGAGGAUGCGCUGAAGGAAGCGAGAGGCGCUUGCACGGACGUGCGGAUGCAGAAGCUGAUUGAUGAUGCUUUGGCGAGUCUGAGAAGGGCAGCCGGGGAUCAAUAG